UGCUAGCGAUAUAUAUGCAGGAACAUUCGUUCUGUCCCUGAUAAUGUCUUUCUCUGAAUAAUCCCCAGUCACAGGUUCUGGCCGCCCGUGGCCCCCGAACAUCCGAACAAUCAACAGGUCGGCCCGCAUGCUUGGCACGGGGGUCACGGUCCGCUGUGCUCCCCAGCCAGACGUCAUGUCUCGGCACCCACUUGACCCCUGUCACGUCUCUCACAGCUCUGCCCAUAUCAAAAGCCUCAAAUAGAGACAAAACUACCGAAAAAAGCGAGUCCGAUCUGAGCGUUGGACGAUCCGAGUUUACAGUACAAAACAGAAACAGGCACGGGAACCGGCCCCUGCUUUAAAUGGAUCUGGGCCAGGGCUGCCACCAGUCUGAAGUUUGCAUCUCCGUCCCAUUCCCAAGUGGGCCUCCUUAUCAGACGCUCUGAUUUGUCCAACGGCGGGCUGCUUGUCAAAGCUUGAUAAGAACCUCCCACCCCCGUCUUUGAACUUGUACUCGAGUACAGUAUAUCCGCGGAAACCACGGGUGCCGAUCUAGAAAGGGAUGCUCCAAAACGAUCAAUAAACGGCGCUCGCCUUAUCUCUGAGCACUUGCGAUGAACACCCGCGGCCACUCGGAGAAGCAAGCGUCAAGCAGAUGGCGUAGGUGGCAUGGUAUGUAGCAUACCUACCUUAGGUAUAUAUGAAGCAAUCGAACCAUUCUCUACGUGUUGGUCCCUCUAGUUCCCUUUGCCAUUCUUCAGCAUUGUAUGUAGUAUUAUCGUGUUUGUUAGCGUCAGCUGCCCAACAUGGAAGUGACUUCAGCUCUUGCUGCCUCUCAGGCGUUCACCAAGUCCCCUCUCAGCUUCCAACAACAAAAGCCCACUGAAGAUGGUAUCCCACGAAGCUUCUAUGACCUCGAGAAGCCAUUGAUUACCAAUCUCGACGAUAUCGACUCCCAAUCUAGCACAUCACAGUCUUCCUCAGAGCAAGACCAGGAUCAACAAUCCUCAUCAUCACAGUCAUCACCACCGACGGAAGACCAGCCGCCUCUUUCGGACUUUGAGAAAGCCCUUCUUCACCCACAGCCAACUUCGGCACCAUAUCCAUUGCCGCCAGCUCCCACUCCGAUCUCAGUGCUGCCUCUUGAUCUCAAGACACCAGACAGCUUUGUCCCAAGAGACCCUGCCCUUAUCAGGCUGACAGGCGUCCACCCCUUCAACGUCGAGGCCCCUCUCACGCCUUUAUACGACCAGGGGUUCCUCACUACACUCAAUCUUCACUAUGUUCGCAACCACGGACCAGUUCCUCAGGUUCACGAUGCCGACGCUCUAUCAUGGUCUUUCACCAUCGAAGGCCUCUGCUCUUCACCAAUCACCCUGACUUUGGCAGAUCUCAUCUCCUCCCGUUUCGAAGAUGAAGUCGUCUCCUACCCAGUAACACUAGUCUGCGCUGGUAACCGCCGCAAAGAACAGAACCAGGUCCGCAAAUCCAAAGGCUUCUCGUGGGGCGCCGCCGGCCUUUCAACAUCUCUCUGGACCGGUCUACCACUCGGUCACCUCCUUUCCCUUGCCGGCGUCAACACUCGCAAGGGGAAAUUUGUGCACUUUGAGGGCGCUGAUGCCCUCCCCAAUGGCUGCUACGGGACGUCGGUGAAGCUAAGCCAUGCCAUGGACCCAGAAAGAGGCAUGAUGAUCUCCUGGCUGAUGAACGGUCUCCCUCUCCACCCCGACCACGGCAAGCCCCUUCGAGUGAUCAUCCCGGGUAUGAUUGGCGGGAGAAGCGUGAAAUGGCUCAAGAAGAUGAUCAUCAGCGACAAACCCUCGGAGAACUGGUAUCACAUCUACGACAACCGCGUCCUGCCCACCACAAUCAGCCCCGAAGAAAGCGGCAACGGGACAGAAGAGAUGGUCCAAAUCUGGAAAGACGAGCGGUACGCCAUCUACGACCUAAACACCAACUCGGCCGUCGUGUACCCCCAACACGAAGAAACCGUCCAAAUCCAAGACGGAGCCACCUACGAGCUCAAAGGCUACGCCUACGCCGGCGGCGGCAAAAGAGUCACCCGCAUGGAGAUUUCCCUGGAUCAAGGCAAGACCUGGCUUUUGGGCAACAUCUCCUACCCCGAAGACCUCUACCGCACCGAGACAGAAAGCCGCAUCUACGGCGGCCGUCUCGACCUCUCCCAAAACGGGCGUGACGCCUCCUUCUGCUGGUGUUUCUGGUCUCUCGCUCUCCCUGUCGGCACCCUCGCCGGGGCGUCUGACAUUGUCGUCCGCGCCAUGGACGAGGCGAUGAUGGUCCAGCCUAGGGACAUGUACUGGUCGGUCCUGGGGAUGAUGAACAACCCCUGGUUCCGCGUCGUCAUCCACCACGACACGACCUCCAACACCCUCCGGUUUGAACACCCAACCCAACCCGCCCUCCAACCCGGAGGCUGGAUGGAACGGGUGAAAAGGUCAGGCGGCGACCUCACAAACGGCUUUUGGGGCGAGCGUCAAGCGGGCGGCGAAACCCUCACCAACCCUAUAACCUCCCCACCAGAGAAGGAAAUCUCCCUGACAAACCCCGCCAUCUCCCGCGAGGUUUCUCUAGAAGAGCUUCGCUCUCACGACAGCGAAGCCUCCCCUUGGUUUGUUCUGAACGGGGAAGUCUACGAUGGCACCGCCUUUCUCGAAGGCCACCCCGGCGGCGCCGCCUCCAUAAUCAACGCCGCAGCUCAGGAUAUAUCAGAUGAAUUCCUCGCCAUCCACAGCGAAAACGCCAAAGCAAUGAUGCCCCGAUACCACAUCGGCACCCUCCCCCCUCCUCCCUCCCCCUCCUCUCCCUCCCCACCCCAUCCUCCUUGCCCGCCACCCCCCGCCCCUCUAUCCCCCAACACCAAAAUCUUCACCUUCACCCUCCAACACGCAACCCAAACCCUCGGCCUCCCCGUUGGCCAACACCUCCUCGUCCGCCUUUCCUCCCCAGAAACAAUAAUAAGAGCCUACACCCCCAUCUCCCCCGGCUCACUUCCCACCGGAACCCUCUCCCUCCUCAUAAAAAUCUACCCCCCCUCCCCCGAUUCCCCCUCUAGCGGAGGGAAAAUGACGCUCGCCCUCGACGCCCUCCCCCUCCGCUCCCCGGUGGAAUUCAAAGGCCCGGUCGGCAAGUUUCUCUACUUAUCCCCCGGGCUAUGUUCUGUAAACUCCAAGCAGCGAAACGUCACCAAGCUGGUCAUGAUCUGCGCGGGGAGCGGCAUCACCCCCAUCUUCCAGGUCCUCCGCGCAAUCCUCUCCUCCCCCCCCUCCCUCGACCCAACAAAAUGUCUUGUCCUCGACGGUAACAGGGUAGAAGAAGAUAUCUUGUGCAGAGACGAACUCGACGCCAUGGCAAGGGGCAAUAAGGAGAGGAUGGAAUUGGUAUACAGCCUCAGCCGCCCCCAGGCCUCCUGGCAAGGCAGAAAAGGGAGGAUGGACCGCCCGUUCUUCGAAUCCGCCGUCGGAAAGCCAGAUCCAGAAGGGAAAACUCUGGUGUUGGUUUGCGGGCCUGAGGGGUUGGAAAGGGCGAUAAGAGAAACAUUCAUCGGAAGGGGCGGGUUGGGCUGGGACGAGGGGGAUGUCGUCUUCUUUUGA